CUUGCGUGUAAUAGUUGAUUAUGGCUGGUGCUAAAUUUAAAAAUAAAUUUUUUUGUUCAAGUCAUCGUGAUUCAUUGAUAAAAAACAUUUAAUGAUAUUUCUAAAAGAUUCUAAGAGAUUUCUUUUAAGUUAUAUUUUGUAAAAUACAUGUGGUGGAUGUUAGAUAUUUUCUCCAUUUCAACAAUUUCCUCAGUUUUCGAUCUGUCACUGAUGAGUAAACAAGAUUUUUGAUAGCGUCCGACUUAUUUUUUGUUUUAAAUUUAUUCAUCAGUGAAAGUUAAUUUUAGAAACUUUAAAAUGGAUAAUUGGAUGGUCGCUAUCAUCUGCAUAAUAGCAGUGGGAGUGCUGAUAAUAGUGACAAUGGAAACUAUUUAUUUUACAAGAAUGAUAUUCUGUUAUUUUAUGGCAAGAUUUAUAAAGAAAAGAGUUCACAUUUUAGAGAAAUGUACAUUGAGUGGAAUCUGCACGACAAGAGACGUCGAUAUGAUUUUAACACAUAUGAAUAAUGCACGAUAUUUGCGUGAAGUCGAUAUGGGAAGAAUUGAUUUUUACAUACGUUCUCGUCUUUGGGAAGUUGUGAAAAGUCAAAACGGUCAAAUUCUUCUUGGAACUGCAUUUGUAAGAUUCCGAAAGUAUGUUGGACUCUUUCAAAGAUUUAAAUUGACAACAAAAAUCGUUUACUGGAAUGAAGACAGCAUUUUCAUUGAACAUAAGUUUGUGGGACGUGAUGGUUUUGUUCAUUGUACUUUACUUUGUCAACAAAGAUUAGUGAACUGUUCUGGUGAGAUUGUCAUGGAUAUUUUACUUAAAAAAGGUAGCUCAAUUCUCCCGAAACCCGACAUGCCAAUGGAGAUCAUGUCAAUGGGCACUUUCCUGUGCGUUGUAAUCUUCAUAAUCUUCAUUCUUCAUUGCUUUUUUGAAGUUCAUUAUUUCUUGAGAAUGACACUUUGUGUCAUUUUGGCGAGAUUCACGAAGAAGAAAGCUCAUAUUUUGGAUCAAACAUCAUUUGGUGGCAUCUGUUUAUCUAACGAUAUCGACACAUUAAUUACACACAUGAAUAAUAGUCGAUAUUUGCGAGAACUUGACUUUGCAAGGGUUGAUUUCUAUGAACGAACUGGUCUUUAUAAAACGGUCAGAAACUUAAAGGGUGGAAUUGUACAAGGUGCUGCAACAAUUCGAUAUCGAAGGUUCAUUAAACCUUUCUCUGUCUUUGAUAUCACAACGAAAAUUAUUUACUGGGAUCCUCAAAGUAUUUACAUGGAAAGUCGAUUUGUUGGCAAAGAUGGUUUCAUUCAUGCUAUUGCGAUUUGUAAGCAGCGGCUUAUCGACUGCUCCGCAGAUGAUGUCAUGGAUCUUUUACUUAAGGAAACGCCAACAGUUGAGUCAUCAACAGAAAAAUUGGAAAAUGGAGAUUUAGUUAGAUUGAAGCCUGAAAUGCCUUUGGAGGUCCAGAAAUGGAAUGAAUGUAAUGAAAUUUCAAGCGCAAAUUUAAGACGAAUUUAAUUCUUUUUCACAACUACAACCUGAAGCUUUUAAAAAGCUCAAUAGAAGCUCAAAGCUAAAAGUUUUCAAGCACGCUGAUGUCAAAAUAUUUUCAAUUUAUUUUUGUAAGAUGAGCGUGAUGACAAUUUGUUUGAACAGAACUAAAACUUAUUUGCUUCUUUAAGUUCUUCCCUUUUAAUAAUCUUAAACUUCUUUGCUUUCCAUAAAUUGUAACUUGAUAAAUGAACGUUGUAACAAAUAAAAUGAGAAGAAAGAUAUAUAAAAAUAAAACUUACAUUAUGUUGAAGAAAUAAUCGAAGAACUUUUAGCUCCACGAUUAUCUCAAUGGAAAGAGAAAAUGAAUGAGAAUUAAAUGAUCUUAAAUUGAUGUGGUCAUUGAUGUUUUUCAUCAUAGCUUCAAGUUGGGAGAUAAUUUGAUUUCAUCAAAGUGAUAUUCACACCAAUUUGUUUAUCUCGACUGCCGCUGUGAACAAUCGAAUUGAAAGAGUGCGAACAUAUCAUCAAAGCCAGACAAUGUACAUGAACUAAAUGAAUAGAAACUAAAAAAUCACUUUUGAUCUAUAUAAAGUCAUAACAGAAGUUCAUUAUCGUGCUGUUAUACCUUUCACAUAUGCGGAUAAGACCAUAAAUAAAAGAAAAGUC